CAGUCAGCGCGUUGCACGUACGCACGCAUCGAGCAGCAGCAGCAGCAGCAGCAGCAGUAGCAGCAGCGCGGGCGCGUUCAGUGGUUGUUGGAAACAGUCAGACACACACACACCUACACUAACACACACACACACACAGACGGCGGGGGCCAGCAAACAAAAUUUUCAGUUCUUGCUGUUCCGCUUCUGUCCAAAAAAAGAAAAAAGCGAAAAAAGUAGAAAAGGAAACUUUUGCAGCUUAUUUGAUGUUGUGAAUCGAAUAUCGAAUAGAACGCUGGAUUAGUGAAUGUAAUUAAAAGCAACUGCAGCUGUGCGAAAUAUGCAAAUUUAUUUAAUUAUCUGGUGAAUAAUUGAAAAAUCCAAGGCGCACACCUGCGCACAUGUCCUAUAUGUGUGUGAGUGUGUGCGUCCGCUGUGAACGUGUAUAUGAAUGUGCAUGUGUAUGUGUGUUGAAGGCUAAGCAGCAAAAGAAAAGCCAACAAGUAACAAAAAGAAAAGCUGCAUGUGUCCCACGUGCGUGAAUAAAUCUGAAACUAAAUAGAAAAUCGCAGCGACAAUAAAAAUAAAAAAUACCAAAUUUAAUUCGCAACAAAAUCAAUGACAAAAGUUUGCCGCGAAUUAAAGUGAAAAAUACUUUAAAGUCGAAUUUUUUUGGCAUUAAAUGAUAGCUAAAGAAUAUUAUUCCCUGCAAAUCCCGAGAACACAAAAAAUUUACAUUUAUCUAAAUUGUGUUUAGAGCUCUUGCCUAAACUUUUCCACACACACAAAUUUCGAAAUUUAUGAUACUAUCUUAUCGUUGGUGCUUUUGAUUUUUAUUAUUUAAUGCCUUAUGCAUUAAAAUAUUAUUUGAUUGAUUUAUUAGACGCUUGGGCUCUAUGACGCCACUAAAAGACACUAAGCCCUCUCACACAUUAUACAAUUCUUAGUUAGUCAGUUUCCCUUCAAAAGAAUACGGGGAGUUUUAAGUCUGUAAUCAUAAAUAAGAAGAGCUUACACAUCUGGCAGCUAGACAGUUGAUAGUUUCCUUUUGUCGUCAUUUGUCGUUGCAGCCAAACAAAGUGAUAAAGACAAAGUGUUCAAGACAAAAUGUAAUAACUAUACUAUAUAAAUAUAUACAACAACAACAACAACUAAAACACCAAAAAGAAAUUUAAUUAAAUGAAACAGCAAAAACUCAAUGUUGGGAGAACUUUUCUGAUGAACUCAAGUCAAAGAUGCGCACAAUUAGCUUAAACUGACAACAACAACAAAAUAGAUGAGAAGCAGCUAGAGCAAAUAACACCAAACAACAGCAACAAAAUACAGCCAGAAUUUACAAAGCAAAAGGAUAAUCACAAUCACAACACAGCGAAAAAAACAAAAAAAAAAACCCAAAUAUUAAAACGAUUUAGUCAAAUAUUUUAAACUUAAAAACGUAGCACAUCAAAAGCCUUACGAAAUAUUUCAAACAAAAAAAAAACAAAGUAAAAUAUUUAAAAAUAAUUUUGUGCUGUGCUCUAAUUAUAUUUAUAUAAUUAAAAGUAGAAAAAAGGCAUUAGCAGAAGAUCGCGACAACGUAUUCAUAAAUAUUUAAAUAGCAACUAAAAUUAACAAAGUAAAUCUAAAAAUUAAAACUAAAUAAUUGUAAUCAUUAUUCUUCCACUUAAAAGUUCGAAAUGUGUAAUUUUUAAAUUUCAAAAAAAAGAAAAACUUAAAACUUAGUCAACAAAUUUAGAAGCAACAAACAAUAUACAAUAUAUAUUGCAGACAUAUAUAUAAUAUAUAGAAAAUAUAUUCAAAACUUUUUAGUAGCAUUAAAGCGAGCAUUAAAACGAACAGUUUAAAGAUAUUAACAAAAUUUUAUUAAAAUUUAGCAAAAAAGCGUUGUGAAUUUAAUACCAAACAAAAAAAAAAUACUAAAAUACUACAACUUAAAUUGAAACCUAAACGAAAUGAACUAAAUGAAAUUGUCUAUUAGUAGUUUUUAAAGGUAAAACACAUUUUAAACGAAAGUUUUAAACGAGCUUCUAACACAUGCGACUUGGCAAAACAAAUAGCAAACAUUAUCCUUAACCUUAACCGCAGCCCCCAACAACAAGAGUAACAACAAAAGCAGCAACAACAACAACUACAAUCGAAUUGCAGGUCUUGGCUUGGCGCCAGCCUAAAAGCAGGCAACACAAAUUUAUACAAAUUUGGCGAGCUCAAGGUGCUGCAGCGACGGCGACGGCGACGGCGACGCUGACUCGACGACGACCUUCGCGUGUGCAGUUUGCCUAUUGCACAAUAGAGGGCGCCACACCACGCCAAAACUCUGAAAUACACUCACACACGUAGAAACACACCAACACACACAGGCAGACAUUUACUGACACACAUUCGAGUGCAGGGCGUCAUGACCGGAAGUGAGGUACAACUGAGCCUGUCGGCCUUUGCAUAACCUUAAGCCAGAGCGCUUUCACUUGCAGUGGCCAGAAAAAUGCCGGAAAUGAGCCACCUGCAGGAUAUUUCGAAAGUGGAGAACCUCACCAAAGCCGUACUCAUCUCCAUACUGGGCGUGGCGAUAGUGUUGUCCAAUCUGCUGAUCAUCGCCACCUAUGCCAACUUUAAAGGUCCCACGGAGGUUAUUAACUAUUAUCUGCUAUCGCUAGCAAUCGCUGACUUGCUAUGCGGUCUACUCGUGGUGCCCUUCUCCGUUUACCCCGCCCUGAGGGGCGAAUGGGUGUACGGCGAUAUCGUGUGCCGUUUCACCGGCUAUCUGGAGGUCACACUGUGGGCUGUGUCCGUUUACACCUUCAUGUGGAUCUCGGUGGAUCGUUAUUUGGCCGUACGCAAACCGUUGCGCUAUGAAACGGUGCAAACGAAAACGCGCUGCCAAUGCUGGAUGGUCUUCACAUGGAUAUCGGCAGCAUUACUUUGCUGUCCACCAAUUCUAGGCUAUUCACAGCCCAUCGAGAACAAUGUGACGCACAUUUGCAUGCUGGAUUGGGGCAAUAUGGCGGCAUAUAGUGCCACAUUGGCGAUAUUAGUAUUAGGUCCCAGCCUCAUAUCGAUAGUACACAACUACGGCUACAUAUUUGUGAUGAUGCGCAAAAUUAGGUCCGGCGAGCCCAUACAUGAUAAAGAAUAUGCAACUGCAUUGGCUGAAAAUUUAUCGAACCCUAGUCAUAUGAUGUCAUUCGCAUUAGUCUUUGCAUUCUGGAUGUCCUGGCUGCCAUGGAUAUUGUUGCGUCUCUAUGAGGUGGUCACGGGCGAGGUUAUCCAAAGUACUCUUAUCAAUUUCGCAGUCGUUUGGAUUGGUAUAUUGAAUUCAUUUUGGAAAAUUGUGAUUAUGACCGGCAUGUCGCCGCAAUUUCGCAUUGCGUUGAGAGUAUUUUGCUUAACAAUUUGCUGUAAGACUAAGGGCAGAUUGCAAGCGGAGCUAAUCGGGUUGGACCCAGAUGACUAGAGCCGUUAAAUUUUCAAGUAUAAAUUGGUUGUAAAUCGCAUCUUGUGUCAUUUGAAAAUCAAAAACCAAAAAAAGUGAACAAAAAAAAAGAGAAAUCAUAACAAUACAAUAUGCCCAAUAACUGAACCGUACUUGUCCCCUUGGCCACAUAGUUGCAUAUUUAUGGACCGCUCUGGGCGAUGCGCACCAAACAAAAUACUCUCUAUCUCCACAACAACAACAACACCAACUAAUACCAAACCAUUCAACAUCUCCACCACCAACAACAAUAUUAAACAACAGCAACUACUAACUAAAAACAACAACAACAUCUGCAACCAACAAAAGAAAACAAAAACAAACACUGACAAGUUGAAAGACAUAUUCAUUAUAAUAGUUAAUAAGCUAAAACAUUUGGUAAGAGUUUUUAUUAUUAAUUAAUUAACUAAUUAAUAAUAUUAUUGUGUAUUUAUGAGCUUACAACGUACAGUAUAUGUUCGUAUAUAGCGUGUAUGUAUACAUAUCUAGCUAUAUACCCAUAUUACUUAUGUCUAACACACGCCUAGUCCACAUACCAGAGAUAUCAUGGAAUUUAAUUUCCGCCAGCUACAUUUCCGUUUUCGUUGGCAUUUAAAUUUGAAAAACUUGCGUUCAUCGUUAUCGUUAUCGCUAUUGUUUCGGUUAACAGCGCUCUGUUAACCAGCUGUUGUUAACAUCUCUCUUGCUAAGGCGACGCUAGCUUCACAAGCAACAACAAAUUUAACACAUAUGCAAAGGUUUAGCGCUUGGCGCGUGUAAAGUUUUUCCAAAAAGUCCAUAUUAAGUACGAGUAGCAUACUAUAAUAUAUUUAUAGAAUUUAGCAAAUUAACUAUUGUGUAGAGAUUUAUCAAAUAAAUUGCCAAAACCAAAAAAAAAAACUAAAUGAAUAAAGACCCAAGAACGUAGAUAGAUGAUUCGAUAA